ACAUACAGCCCGGUACUGCUGUGUGUAAUGCAACAAGUGCAGCUUAUUUCAACCACUACAAACAUCGGCCAAUUGGUCGGCAAACAGACAGAGGACGCGCGCGCGGUUUGCAAUUGCCGUAAUCAUUCAUCAGUAGUAGCCUUUCGAAAGUGGAUCUUGUUUCAAGUUUCAAGGGUCAGAGCAGUAUUCAGUUUCGGUUGACACGAUUCACAUUGUGAUCUAGUGAUCAAUUUCCAGUUUGUUCCAGUGCUGAGAUAAUAAUAGUUGACGGUUCAAAAUGGUGAUCAAUUUUGGAGCUGGACCGGCUAAAUUGCCUCGGGAAGUCCUGCUGGAGGUUCAGAAGGAAUUGGUUGAAUAUGGUUCAAGUGGUAUGAGUGUGAUGGAAAUGUCGCAUCGGGGAACGACCUAUGUUAAGCUACACGAGGAGACUUUAGAGUUGGCUCGGGAGCUGCUUAAAGUCCCUGACAACUACAAAAUUCUACUUAUGCAAGGUGGGGGCACUGGUUUGUUUGCCGCCGUAGCCAUGAACCUGAUUGGUCGUACGGGAAGCGCUGACUACUUGGUCACAGGAUCAUGGUCUGCGAAGGCAGCCAAAGAGGCGGCCAAGUUUGGAAAAGUAAACCAAGUGGUCCCAAAGCCUGCCAAAUACACUUGCGUUCCGGACCCGAAAAGUUGGAAGCUGGAUCCAAAAGCUUCCUAUCUAUACUACUGCGAUAAUGAAACCAUCGAGGGAGUGGAGUUCAACUUUGUUCCGGAAACCAACGGAGUACCACUGGUCGUUGAUAUGUCGUCCAAUAUCAUGUCCAGACCGGUGGAUAUCAAAAAAUUCGGAGUGAUCUUCGCAUGUGCUCAGAAGAACAUCGGUCCAUCCGGAAUCACUUUGGUUAUUGUUCGUGAAGAUCUGAUCGGACAUCAAUUGCCGACAACUCCAACGAUACUAGAUUUUUCAAUUGUCGCCAAGGACAAUUCCAUCAACAACACUCCUCCUACGUUUAUCAUCGCCGUUGUGGGUCGUGUUUUUGCCUGGAUCAAACGCCAAGGCGGUUUGCAAAAGUUAUAUCAAGACUCGCUGACAAAGUCCAACAUGAUCUACGCUGUCGUCGACGGCUCCAAGAGCUUCUACUACUGUCCGCUGGAAGCGAACGUCCGCAGUCGCAUGAAUGUCCCCUUCCGCAUAGGUGGACCAAGUGGAAAUGAAACUCUGGAAAAAGAGUUUCUGAAAGGCGCUGAACAACUGGGAAUGCAGCAGUUGAAAGGUCAUCGCUCCGUAGGAGGUAUCCGAGCUUCCCUGUACAAUGCGGUUACCAUCGAGGAGGCAGAAUCCCUGCGAAAGUAUAUGUUGGAGUUUCUCGCAAAGAAUUCAUAACCAACGUGACUGUAUGUUUAUUUUUAUUUAAUAAAUACCACCAAACAACCUA